UAGCAAAAAUAGGGGAAAAAAAAGACAAAACAGGGCAGAAAUGUCGGAGCCUAAAGAUCCGGCGAUCAAGCUCUUCGGGAAGACGAUUCCUCUGCCGGAAGCUUCUCCUCCCAGUCAUCCGCCGCCGUCUUCCUUACCCGGUAACCAUACCACCGCCUCUGUUAAUCAUGACCUCGAUUCUCCUUCUUCGAGCUUCUCGCCGGAAGGCAAUAUCCAUGGCGAUGUUGAAGAUCUGGAGGCCGAUAAGAAUGAAAUAAGUAACUCACAAGAGAAGACUCUGAAAAAACCCGACAAGAUUCUUCCAUGUCCGCGUUGUAACAGCAUGGACACCAAAUUCUGUUACUAUAAUAACUACAACGUUAAUCAACCGCGACAUUUUUGUAAGAAUUGUCAAAGGUAUUGGACGGCUGGUGGGAUGAUGAGGAAUGUGCCAGUGGGUGCAGGGCGUCGUAAGAACAAAAGCUCUGCUACACACCAUCGUCAAAUUAUUGCAACGGAAGCACUUCAACAGCCUAGAAUUGAUGUUUGUAAUGGCAAUGUGAUGGCAUUUGGUUCAGAUGCUGCUCCUCUUUGUGAAUCAAUGGCUUCCAUUUUAAACAUUGGUGAUAAAACAAGACAGAAUAAUGAUGAUGAUGAUGAAGUGAUUCAUAAUUGUGAAGGCGUUUUACCAUCAAUUCCAUUCACCCCUGGGGCUUACACUUGGAAUUAUGGUUUAUAUCCACCAGGAAUUGCUAGGCCUAUGUAUCCAACCGCGCCAAUCUGGGGCGCCUGGACACUCCCAUGGGUACCACAGGCGGCAUGGAUGAGCCCUGUGGGUCAAAGCCAUGCGCCGAAUUCUCCAACAUUGGGGAAACAUUCAAGAGAUAAGAAAGGGGGGGAGAGGUGCAUUUGGAUACCAAAAACGUUGAGGAUUGAUGACCCAGAAGAAGCAGCUAAAAGCUCCAUAUGGGCAACUCUAGGAAUCAAGAAUGAGAAGAGGGAUUCAGUGGGGGAAGGGGUUUUCAAGCCCUUUCGAUUCAAUGACAGCGAUGAACAGAAUGAGAGAACCAAACCCACUUCAGUGUUGGAACUCAAUCCAGCUGCAUUGUCCAGAUCAAUCAAAUUCAAUGAAAAUGUAUAUCACUGAGUUCAUCAGAUCCGACCAAAAUGAGUUGAGUUUGAAGUUUGUCUGAAUCAAAACGUACAUAUAUAUAUAAAGUAAAUGUGUAUGUAAAUAAAGUUUUGGAAGUUUUGGUCAUAUUAGUUUCCA